GUCGAACUUAAACCUGCUUUCACUCUUUAACCAAUGGGGAGCACAAGCAACAUCAAGAGCAGACUCUUCGCUCCCCCAUCUUCCACUCCCUGCACUCGCACACACCAGAUCGGAGCCCUAGCUCUCAUCGCCAUCACCUUCUUCACCACCAGACUGUUGGACCAAUCACUCACACCUUCCACUUCACACUUCAACCAAUUCCAAUCCGACGUCGUUCGCUUCUCCGCCAACGACGACGGUUCCGUCCGCUGGCCCCGCCGUGGAUACGGUGAUGAGAUCGAUCUCAAGAUCUAUGUUUACGAUGAGAAUGAAAUUGACGGCGUUAAAGAGCUGUUGUACGGACGUGACGGUAGGAUAACGCCGGAAGCGUGUCUCAAAGGCCAAUGGGGCACUCAGGUCAAGAUACACAGACUUUUUCUUAAAUCAAGGUUUCGUACACGGAACAAAGGGGAUGCAGAUCUGUUUUUUGUUCCAUCUUAUGUUAAAUGUGUUCGAAUGAUGGGCGGUCUUAACGAUAAAGAGAUUAACCAGGCUUAUGUGAAGAUAUUAAGCCAAAUGCCGUAUUUCAGAUUAUCAGGUGGUCGUGACCACAUAUUUGUCUUUCCAAGUGGCGCAGGGGCCCACUUAUUUAAAUCAUGGGCCACUUAUAUAAACCGGUCGAUAAUUCUAACUCCUGAGGGGGACCGAACAGAUAAGCGGGACACGAGUGCAUUUAAUACAUGGAAAGACAUAAUUAUCCCUGGGAAUGUUGAUGAUGGUAUGACAACUAACGGAAUUCGGCUUGUAGAUCCGUUGCCGUUAUCAAAGCGGAAAUAUUUGGCUAAUUACUUGGGCCGUGCACAAGGAAAGAUUGGGCGCCUUCAGUUAAUAGAUCUCGCUAAACAAUUCCCAGAUAAGUUGGAAUCUCCAGAAUUGAAGUUUAGCGGGCCCGAAAAAUUGGGAAAAACUGAUUACUUUCUACAUCUACGCAAUGCUAAAUUCUGUUUGGCUCCGCGUGGCGAGUCAUCUUGGACCCUUCGCUUUUACGAGUCCUUUUUUGUGGAGUGUGUUCCCGUGCUUUUAUCAGAUCAUGCCGAGUUACCAUUUCAGAAUGUCGUGGAUUAUUCCCAAAUAUCGAUUAAAUGGCCAUCUUCAAGAAUUGAUACUCAACUUUUGGAGUAUUUAGAGUCCAUACCAGAUAAACGCAUAGAGGAAAUGAUAGCUCGUGGCAGAAAGAUAAGAUGCUUAUGGGUCUAUGGUCCCGAUUCAGAACCCUGUUCUGCAUUUAGCGCGAUAUUGUGGGAAUUACAAAGGAAAACACGGCGAUUUCAUCAUUCACCUGAAACAUUUUGGUUGCAUAAUGGAUCUAUUGUUAAUAGAGACUUGGUUGAAUUUUAUAAAUGGAAACCACCCAUGCCUUUGCCUUAACAUUAUGCUUCACUUUCUUGUUGUUGAUGCUUUGUUAAUGGGUAUAAAUUAUAUAUAGUACACAAGUUGUAAUAUUUUUGGCACAUUAAAUUUGAUUUAAAAAAUUUAUUGAAUAGUGUUA